AUGAUCAUCGAAUCGUUAAAUUUGUUUUAUCAUUUGAGUUGCUUCCGAUGUUAUGUUUGUAAGAUGACAUUGGGAAAUGGAACUCGAGGUACCGAUGUUCGGGUCCGUGAUUCUAAACUUCAUUGCCAAAGUUGUUAUAACAAUGAGGAAUCUGGUCUUAAAUUUAGUAAACAAUGUUUAUUUAAGGACAAUAACAUUAAUCACUUAGUCAGACCAGUACCGCACAUUAGUCAUUUAAUCAGACUAACAUUUGGUCAUGCCAAUACCGCCUAA